CGGUUUGUUCUCAGACCCCGGCCUCUCCCGCCGCUCCGCCGCGGUGGUACGGUCCAGGCCGCCAGGCCGCGAGGGCCCCCGAGCGGACGCCAGUGGACGACCCGCGGCGCGGGAGGAGGAGAUACCAUCAGCAAAAUGCCAGACGUCGAGGAGAGUGUGCCCCCGAAGGACCCUGGCGACUCAGAGGGCAGGUCCUGUAAGCCUGAAACCUCAGGACCCCUCCAGGAAGACAAGAGCGGCCCCGAGGACCCCCCUCCUUUUCUUUCUGUCACAGGUCUGACAGAAACCGUUAAUGAAGUUUCCAAGCUGAGCAACAAGAUUGGGAUGAAUUGUGAUUACUACAUGGAAGAGAAGGUUUUACCUCCAAGCAGUCUGGAAGGCAAGGUCAAGGAGACAGUGCACAAUGCCUUUUGGGACCAUCUUAAAGAGCAACUAUCAGCAACUCCCCCUGACUUCAGUUGUGCUCUUGAACUUCUGAAAGAAAUUAAAGAGAUCUUGCUAUCACUGCUGUUACCACGCCAGAACCGCCUGAGAAUUGAGAUUGAAGAAGCUCUGGACAUGGACUUGCUCAGGCAGGAGGCAGAACUUGGGGCCCUGAAAGUCCUCUAUCUCUCUAAGUAUGUUCUCAACAUGAUGGCUUUGCUGUGUGCACCAGUUCGAGAUGAAGCGGUGCAGAAACUAGAAAACAUUACGGAUCCUGUUUGGCUACUGAGAGGGAUCUUCCAGGUUCUGGGCCUAAUGAAAAUGGACAUGGUGAACUACACUAUCCAGAGCCUUCAAUCUCACCUGCAGGAACAUUCCAUUCAAUAUGAACGGGCUAAAUUCCAGGAACUCCUCAAUAAGCAGCCUAGUCUUCUUAAUCACACCACCAAAUGGCUGACCCAAGCAGCAGCAGACCUCACCAUGUCACCUCCGACUUGCCCAGACACUUCUGACUCCUCCAGCAUGGCUGGCCCCUCUCCCAGUGAGGCAGCCAACAACCCAGAGCCCCUCAGCCCCACAAUGGUGCUGUGUCAGGGCUUCCUGAACCUCCUUCUCUGGGACCCUGAAAAUGAAGAGUUCCCUGAGACCCUGCUGAUGGACAGAACCCGGCUGCAGGAGCUGAAGUCCCAGUUGCACCAGUUAGCCAUCAUGGCCUCAGUCUUGCUGGUGGCCAGUAGUUUCUCUGGCAGUGUUUUGUUUGGCUCACCCCAAUUUGUAGAUAAACUGAAACGCAUAACCAAAUCCCUGUUGGAAGACUUUCACUCCAGGCCUGAGGAAGCUAUACUGGCUGUGAGUGAACACGUAUCUCAGGAAAUCCACCAAAGCCUCAAGAAUAUGGGCCUUGUUGCUCUAAGUAGUGACAAUACAGCAUCUCUGAUGGGACAGCUCCAGAACAUUGCCAAGAAGGAGAACUGUGUCCGCAGUGUUAUUGAUCAGCGGAUCCAUUUGUUUUUCAAAUGCUGUUUGGUUCUUGGUGUGCAGCGGUCUGUGUUAGACCUUCCUGGAAGCCUUACUCUCAUUGAAGCAGAACUGGCAGAACUGGGCCAAAAGUUUGUCAGCUUGACACAUCACAAUCAGCAGGUGUUUGGUCCCUACUACACUGAGAUCCUAAAAACCCUCAUUUCCCCAGCCCAGGCACUGGAAACAAAAGUGGAGUCUGUUUGAUAGCAUUGGCUCAGAGCCCUGGUACCUUGGACCCAAGAGGAGGCCCAUCAUCUUCCUGGAGUAACAUCACCAGUGACCAGCAGACAGUGAGCUUCUAUCCCAGGCCCUGCAGCCAGUACACCAAGGCUGUAGGGAUCAAGCAUGUAAACACCAACUGGCCCAAACCCAUUCACUAAUAAACUUCUUAAGUGCAAGAAA